AUGCUUAGAAGAUUCUUCUCCACAUCUCGAAGCUUGAAAAAUAGUUUGGUUUUCGUUGAAGGUGCUAAUGGCCAAGUGAGCCCUUCAACCUUGUCGACCAUCACCGCGGCCACGCAGAUCGGCGAGCCCGUUACCGCAGUGGUGGUUGACCAGAACCUCGCCGAAAGUGCUUCCAAAUUAUCGGGAGUCAGCAAAGUGUUGAAAGCACAAGGUCCUCAAUAUGCCCACUACUUAUCAGAGGAGAUUAGUCCCUUACUACAGGAGUUGAUUAAAAAACACAAUUUCACCCAUUUCUUUGUUUCCGGAUCGGCAGUUGGUAAGUCGAUAUUGCCAAGGUUGGGAGCAUUGCUCGACGUCCAGCCAUUGAGUGAUAUUACCAAAGUGAUUGACAAGCAGACAUUCACCCGUCCAAUCUAUGCCGGUAAUGCGAUUGCCACAGUCAAGUCGAAGGAUAGUAUUAUACUUGCUACAGUGAGAGCUUCUGCGUUUGCGCCGGCAUCGGAGCAAGACGCCGUUAGCAUUGAAGAUGUGACAGAAACCCCAGAGACUGGAAACAGAACCGAGUUUGUUUCCGAGGAGUUGGUUUCAUCGGAGAGACCUGAGUUGGGCUCAGCAUCUACUGUCAUUGCUGGUGGUCGUGGAUUAAAGAAUAAGGAAACGUUUGAUGCCUUGGUGGAGCCUUUGGCCACCAAGUUGAAUGCAGCCAUUGGAGCAUCUAGGGCCGCAGUCGAUUCUGGAUACUGUGACAACUCAUUGCAAGUGGGACAAACAGGUAAGAUUGUUGCACCAGAUUUGUACAUUGCUGUUGGUAUCUCGGGUGCCAUCCAACAUUUGGCUGGUAUGAAGGACAGUAAAGUGAUUGUGGCAAUCAACAAGGACCCCGAAGCACCAAUCUUUAACAUUGCCGAUGUCGGAUUAGUUGGUGACUUGAACGAGGUGGUUCCAGAAUUGACAGAGAAGAUCUAA